AUGGAAAACUCACUUAAGAUGAAAAGGGCAAGUCUGUUGACGCAGUCCUUGAUGCAGACCGUGGAGUCCUGGGGGCAGACCGUGUCCUCGAGGGAUUCUGAGACCCACCGGAACAAAGUGGCGAAUCUGUCGGAAAGCACGGAGGUUGCCUUCCGCGAGCGGAACUCCCUCAAGGUCGUCACAAUGCGGGAGAGCAAGCAGAUAGUGGUCGACAUUGUCCAGGACAUGUUGGACAAGAAGCGGGGCGCCUUCACGCCGUCCGAGUCGGAGUGUUCGCUGGCCGAGGACCUGCGGGAGUCGCUGAGCAUGGAUCCCCGCCUGAAGCUGUGGCACGACACGCUCCAGAACCGCGCCGCCGUCCAGGCGAAGAUCCAGCGUAGGCUGGGCCGCCGGCCCCACGAGAUGCUGAUCAACGUGUCGGCCCCCAGGGAUCGGGGCACCGUGGAGCGGAUGCUGGACCUCGCGGGGCGCCUGAGCCCCACGACCCUGGCCCAGCGCAAGCCGGCCGUCCUGCCCGCCCAGAUUGACCCGCAGCAGUGUCGCAUCCUGCCGGAGUUGCAGGAGACGCUGCCGCGGGCCGAGCGGAGCGGGCGGGCGGAGCUGGAGGUCAGCGGCCUGACCCGCGCCACCAGACAGGAAAUCCUGGGCUCGGCGGCCAGGGACCCCGGUAAGACCGCCCAGUGGCUGGACUGCCGACAGCUGGAGGAGCGCAUCGAGCGGCAGAGCGGCGACAUCAGGCGCGUGGUGCAGUUCUUCCCGGAGGUGGACAAGCUAGAAGUGGUGGGCGGCACCUUGCACGAGGGACUUGGUCGACGCGUCAAGACCAAGCCGAUCGAGCGGGUGUCCUGCGACUCCGUUCACAGCAUGAGCAACUCGUCGCUAUUCUCGCCGGAGGAGGCAGAGCAGCGGGCCGAGACUCGCACGGCCGAGCAUGCCCCCGAGACUUGGACCACCGGGGCCGCUGUCAGGAUCAACGGCGUGCUGUUCCACAACUGUGGCAAGCGGAGCAUCGUGCCCGAGAUCGCGAACGUCUUCUUCGAGUGCCACCCGUACCAGAACGUCGUCAAGGAGGUGGCCCGUGUGGAGAACGUGGGCCGCCAGGUGCUCAGCUGCCAGUGGGCCGUUCUGGACUGCAAGCGCACCGGCAAGCGGGUCGCCGACCGCUGGCAGGACAGCCUCGUCCUGUCGCAGCGCACCUUCACCGUCUUCCCGGGCGAGGAGCACGUGUGCCGGGCUCUGUUCCGGCCGCGUGGCUGCCACCUGCUGAAGCAGUGCUACGAGCUGCGCAUCUUCCCGAACGUCGUCGGCACGGUGCAGAGCAACUUCGUGGCCCGGCUGACGGGUCGCUGUGUUCCGGCCCCGGAGUACACGAACCAGCUGAGGCGCCGUCAGCAGUUGGUCACGGACGAGUCCAAGAAGCAGAUGGCCGACGACCUGACCCAUUUACAGGCCAGCAUAGUUCCGCUUCUGCAGCCGCACGAGGUGGUGUGUCCCUGUGACCGGACUCUCGACGAACGGGAGGUGUUCAACGCCGAGAAUCCGGGCUACCAUUGCGAGCGGUUCGACGACCUGGAGACCCUUAAGGCCCUGCACCACGCCCUGAAGAAACCCCGGGAGGCCGCUUGGGACCUGCGACUGGAGACGAUCCGCGAGCUAAUCCUGCGGCUUCCUGACUCCAACCAACGGACGCGGCACUUCGCCAAGCUAGUCGACGUCCAAGAGGCACUGAAGCGGGGCGGCGGCCGGGGUUCGCUCACUCACUAUUGUCGGGAUGACGAGAGGAUCCGUUCCAGGUUCAUCUACGUGCGCGGCUGCAUUGGCAACGGCAUCCAGGAGUGGGAGGAGCUGAUGGCCUCGAUGGAGCUGAAUGGCCUGAAGCUGGAGGUGAACCGCUUUCAGGUCAGGCAGCAGGACGGGUGGGACUAUAACGACACCGAGGACGAAGGAUCGGAACCGAAGUCCUGGAUGCGUCAGCUGCGCAAGGAUAAUCUCGGCUUGUACCUACUCAAGAAACUGCGCUCGAGGAAGACCUACAGGGACAGCCUCUACAUGCAGACCUACUCGCACCUGUGUGACAUGGCCGAGAACGUGGUGUCCGUCAUCGAGAGCACGCUGAACGCCUGAGCUGGCUAGCAACUAGCUAAGCAACUAAACUUGUGGUGUUUGAAUGUCAAAAUUUAACGUGGCCCAAAGUCAGUGAGAAGUUGCCGAAACUCUCGUGAAGAAAAAUACAGAAAAACUCCCCGGG